UUAAGCAACAUCCAUGACACAUUUAGAAAAGGAAAGAUUAAUUUUGAAAGUACCUUGGAAUUGCUUAGUAAACUUGAUAUCCCUUUUGAUUAUGUUCAUGUGAAAUACAUUUUUAAGGCAAGUGAUUCUCUGAAGUCUGGAACUAUUACUAUAGAGGAUUUUAGAGGAAUUUAUCGGGCUAUAGCACACAGAUGUGAAAUUCAUGAACUCUUCAGAACUCACUCUCCGAACCAUAAAACCCUGCUAUUAGAAAAUCUAGUUGAAUUUCUUAGAAAUGAACAAUUUCAGACUGAAGCUGAUGAAAGUACUGCUUGUCAACUCAUUGCCAAAUAUGAGCCCAUUGAAGAAGCAAAGAGAAACAGUGAGAUGACAUUUGAAGGAUUUCUAAGAUACAUGACUUCUGAGGACUGCGCAUUAUUUAAAACUGAGCACAGAACUGUUUACCAGGAUAUGACCCGUCCAUUAAAUGAAUACUUUAUUUCAUCCUCGCACAACACGUACCUUAUAUCUGAUCAGCUAAUAGGGCCAAGUCACCUGUGGGGCUAUGCAAGUGCUCUACUGAAAGGAUGUCGCUGCUUAGAAAUUGACUGCUGGGAUGGACCAAACUGUGAACCUGUGGUUUAUCAUGGACAUACAUUAACAAGCAAAAUCAGUUUUAAGACUGUCAUCCAGGUGAUCAACAAAUAUGCCUUUCUGGCCUCUGAUUAUCCUCUGAUACUGUCUUUGGAAAAUCACUGCAGCCCUAGGCAGCAGGAAGUAAUAGCGGAUCAUCUGACAGGGAUCCUGGGUGACCAGUUGGUUCUGUCUACAAUUGGUGACAUCAUGCCAGAUGAGCUGCCUUCCCCUGAGGCACUGAAAUUUAAAAUAAUGAUAAAAAAUAAGAAAAUUGGAACACUGGAAGAAACGCUUGCAAGAAAGGGCACAGACAGCCAUGGCCAGAUGGGGGAAUUUGAAGAGGAGGGCACGAGUGACGAAGAGCUGGAGGAUGACCCUUCUCACCCAAAGCAACCCUUGCUCAAGAAGAGACGAGCACGUUGGAAACAUUCAUCACCACCUCGGAAAAAGCAAAAAAAAAAGAAAGUAAAGAUUGCCUUGGCAUUGUCAGAACUAGUGGUUUAUACCAAAUCUCGGAAAUUUGUAAGCUUUGAAGACUCGAGAGAAAAGCAGCUUUUUUAUGAAAAUAAUUCAAUUGGUGAGGCAAAAGCCCGAAAGCUGGCAAAACUGAAAGGUAAUGAAUUCGUUCAACAUACAGUCAGGUUUCUUACAAGAAUAUAUCCCAAAGGGAUCCGAGCCAACUCUUCCAAUUAUAAUCCUCAGGAAUUCUGGAAUGUUGGGUGUCAGCUGGUGGCCUUAAAUUUCCAAACAGCUGGGGUGCAAAUGGAUCUUCAAACUGGAAAGUUUUUGGAGAACGGUUGUUCUGGUUAUAUACUAAAACCAGAAUGCCUUAGAAAUCGAGACACAGAAUUUACUCCAUAUGCCAUAACUGCAAACCAUCAUCCAGUUGUGCUUACAAUAAAGCUCAUCAGUGGCAAUCAGUUACCACCUAGCAGUCUCUCAAGGUCUAAUAAAGCCGAUCCCCUAGUUGUAGUAGAAAUUUAUGGUGUUCCAGAAGACCAGGCAAAACAACACAGUUGCGUAGUUAAGGGCAAUGCUUUGUCUCCUAGAUGGAAUGAAACAUUCACAUUUAAUGUCCAAGUUCCAGAGCUUGCCUUAGUUCGAUUCAUGGUAGAAGAUCAGCAGUCUCUCACUUCCAAUGAUUUCCUUGGUCAAUAUACUUUGCCACUUUUGAGCAUGAGUAAAGGUUAUCGGCAGGUUCCACUUUUUUCCAAACUUGGUGUCAGCCUGCGUCCUGCUUCUCUCUUUGUACACAUUUGGUACUUUUCGAAAUAA